AUGGACGACCAGACGUUGUCGGACUACCUUGAUUGGAAGGUCAUUUUCCACUUUGCCGACUUUCUGGGAGAAGAUUUCCAACGUUUGAUGGAGGAAUUCACGAAGCAAGUCUACGGCGUGACAGGAAUAGAUCGAAUUGAAGACUGCGUCAGUCUAACUAUGAACACUUUCUACGAUAUUGCUGGACGACGAUAUCUUGAAAGAUACUUCAACUUCGACAGCGUAUUUCUCGUAAAGGAAUUGGUAGAAGAUGUACGAGCGGCAUUUCUGGAGAUGUUGAGCAAGAACGAGUGGAUGGAUGCGAACACAAAGAAAAGAGCUCGACGAAAAGCUAACGCUAUUCGAGAUUUUAUCGGCUAUGACAACAGCAUUUUCAACGACACAAUGCGGAAGGUGCGAUACGCACAUUUAUCCUAUUCAUCAUUAAACUCGUACUACGACAUCUCAAUGGCUAUUCAUCAGUGGAUGCAGGAGACCGCAUUUCUGAAAUUGGACAUGAUCAACUCUCGGGGUACAUUCGACACGUCGGUGAUGGAAGUAAAUGCGUUCUAUGACGGCAAUAAAAAUCAAAUCGCUAUAUCAGCCGGCAUUAUGCAAUCUCCAUUUUUCAACGCUUCUCUGCCUAGGCUACUAAACUACGGUGCCAUAGGAGUCGUCGCUGGACAUGAGGUCACCCACGCCUUCGAUGACAGUGGUGCUUCUUACGACGAACUUGGCAAUAAAAACGAUUGGUGGGAUGAGGCCACAUAUAAGAACUUUGAGCACAAAAAACAAUGCUUCGAUCAUCAGUAUGGCAGUAUAUCUGUCAACGAUCUGAAUGUUCAGAUUGAUGGAAGGCGAACCGAAGGGGAGAACAUCGCCGACAAUGGAGGAAUGCGAGCAGCGAUUCGGGCUGCUUUACGUCUCUCCGAACGCACAUCAGAACGCUUCACCAUUGCUGGACUGGAAGAUUAUACUCAGAUGCACUACUUCUUCAUGAAUUACGCCUUCAUAUGGUGUGGAAGUGCUCGCCGAGCAACCCUUCUGAAUAAGUUGGCCAACGACGUUCAUGCACCGGACAUGUAUCGUGUGAAUGUCGUCCUGUCAAAUCAACCAGAAUUUGCCAGAACGUUCGAAUGCAAACGAGGAUCGCCAAUGUUUCCUGAACACACCUGUACCUUGUGGUGA